AUGUCAGCUUUACGUAUCAUUCAGGUAGGCUUACCAUGGACCUAUCAUGGAUUCGAUGCGGCAACAAAAGAGAUGGUACGAGUGGGACUCGAGAAGGGAAGAGAGACGAUGAAACAAGCAGGAUAUGAGAAUUAUUCAACUUAUGAUGUCACACCUGAAGAAGGACCUGGUGAAUUGAUUAAAUUUUUGGGAAAAGAACGUGUGGAUGGAGUUGUGAUCGGUUAUGGAAUUCGUGGUAUCAAAGAACAUUCCGCUUUCUUUGAAUUAUUGGUCAACGUCGUUCACACACAUGCUCCUCAUGUCAAAUUCAUGUUUAAUACAAGUCCAGAUACAGCUGUAGACGCAGCAAAAAGGCAAUUUCCGAUCAAGUGA